AUGGCAACGUCGAAAGGAAAACAGCCCGAAAGACAGGCUCUCGUGCCUCCUCUCCCUAAUCCUGCCACUGGUAGCGCCAAUCCAGCAGCGUCCUUGUCGUCUCUGUGGGCUUAUCUGCUGCCAGCCUUGAAUCACAUCAUAAAGUCUCCCACCAACAAUAUCUCUAAAGCCCCAGCAAUUGAUGUCGAAUUCUAUUCGGGAAUCCAUUCAGCUUGUUACAACUAUAUUACAGCCCAGACUGAAAACUACAAUUCUCGAAAAAACGAAGAUACCACACUUACCACUGGGACAGACCUUUACGGACAACUAGACAAAUUUUUCGCCGAUACAGCCCGCGAGUUACUCCUUGGUGCCCCUCAGGAUGAUUCCUCCUUGAUUGACUACAUUAUUCCCUGUUUCAAUCGCUAUUCUGCCGGCGCUCAAUCCGUUAAUCGUCUUCUCAACUACGUCAAUCGCCAUUACGUAAAACGAGCCGUUGACGAAGAUAAAGGCUGGCUGUCCAUUAACGACGUUCUCGAGCAUGUUGCCAGAACCGUCACUGUCAGUGACACGCGAGAGAAGUUAUCUAACAAGCUGAAGGAGAAGCGGUUGGACGAAUUAAAAAAAUGGGGGUACAGUGAUGGGGAUCCUGCAGAGGCUUUGAUUUUAGCGGAGUCGUGUGCAGAGGCUGCUAGUUCCCUAGACCGCAUUAUUCCGAUCGCAUCUCUCGCACUUCGGAGGUUUAGGGUGGAAUUCGUGGAGCCCCUCUUAGCCGUUCCAAAAGUGAAGCGAAAGGGUAAAAACAAGCCUAUGAAAACGCCCAAUGGUACUACUCCGAAAGGGCGCCUGGCUCGAGCGGUCAAGGAGUUGUUGGAAUCCAAGGAGAUGGUUGAGGAUGAACGGAGAAGGAUCGCGGGAGAGCUUGCCCUUAUUCUGCGCAAGAUUGGCGUCAUUGGACCCUUGCGCAAGAGGCUCGACAAGUAUUCUUCGUCUCUCUCGGAGGGUUGA